CAAUGAUUUCUUACCAGAUGAAACUUCUGAAAGAAACAGCAAUCAACAAUCACAUUCUAGUCAUAGACAAUAUGCUGAUUUUGGUAUUUCGCAACGUUAUAGUUUUGACCAGCAGGAGCGGGCUACUGACUAUGAAAGCUAUUCGGGUCCUCAACCAAUUAUACCAAUCAUUACUAGAACAUAUUCGCCAACUGAACAAAUCCAAACUGAACAAAUGCAAACUGACAUUCACAUUCAGAACCCCUUAAAUGAAGAUAUGAUAACCACUUGUUUUCACGUAAUGAUACCAAAAGAUUUAACCAAGAAAAGUAAAGUAUAUGUUAUUGGUAACAUUGAAAAAUUAGGGAUGUCAAAAAAAGGCGUUAUACAGUUAAGGCAAUCCAAGAGAAAUUUAAUGUAUUGGUUUUCUGAUCCAGUAAUACCACUUUCGUCUUUUCAGAAAGGACCUAUAGAAUACAAAUAUUAUAUUUAUCGAGGUGCUGAAAUUAGUAUUAAGAGCCGAAUUAAACGCAUAUCUGGCAGAUCGUCGCAAUUUGAGAAAGAAGGAAUUCCUGAAACCAGUAGUGGCAAUUGGCAGUCCGAAGAUACCGAACAUGAAUUAAUUUCUAAGGAAAAUCAAUAUGAUUUAUGGAAAAAGAACAAUAUUGGCACUCUGCGCUUGAAAGAUUUUAAAGAGAAUUAUCCAUUUCUCUAUAUCAUCUAUAAAUCGAUAACCCCUAAGAAUUUGAAGGAUAAAAUCAUAGAAUAUCAAGAUAUCAACAAAAGACAUUCAGAUAUACUGGAUUAUAACAUAACAUCACAUUUUGUGUUCACAUACUUUAAUGAUUAUGAUAGUAUUGUUGAGCAACAAAUAUUUUUAUCGGUGCUAUUGAGUUAUGUGAUGAACGAGAGAAUAGAGAUCCGUCUUCAAGAAAAUUUUAAUUCCAUUAAACUGUUAGAAGCUUUCAAUGGUAUUAAUGAAGAACAUUUACCUCAUGAUGUAAAUAAAAUGUUGGCGCAAGUUGUCUCUGCUUUAGUACGUCAUGCCUCAACUUACUAUAAAAAAUUUGAAUGGAUGAAGGCCUUUAAGAUCGCUCCAGUUGCCGAUCCAAAUUAUACUUUCCUCGAGCAUAUCGAGAUGCCUGCAUAUAAUAAAGAAAACGUAACAAAAUUUCAAACCUCUCUCUAUAAAAUUGUCAAGCCAUGUAUAGAUGACGUUAGUGGCAAAAAUGUGGCAACUUACAUGGAUAUUUGCAAGGCUCUCGUUAAAUUAUGUAACGAUCUUAGUGUAAUCUUAUUUUUGUGGCAAAAAAUCUUUGAUAUUUGUGUAAAAAUAGAUGAUGGAUUUACUCAAUAUUUUCUUAAAUGUAUGAGUAAUUUUAUAGCGAAAGACAAUGCUAAAGAAUUAAUCAAUCAUCUUGAAGAGAUACCUCUUGAUAUUGAAAUCGAUUUUGCUCCAAUGUUUCGCGAUAGAACUUUGGCUUUGUUGCGUAACGCAGGGACUACUUGGAACAAGUAUAGUAUUGAUGCAAUGUUCAAAUUACUUCAUAAUGUUAGACUAAAGUGGCAAAAUGCUUAUGUGAUACAAGCACUCGAAUAUAUUUCUAUUUCUCAGAAUCCGGAACUGCUGAAAACUUUUCCUAAUAUACUUGACAAUUUUCUCAAAAAAGGCUUCAUGGAUGAGAAAGUCGGUAAAACUUGCAUUCAAUGGUUAAAGUAUAUGCUGUCAUACCUGAAGAAAGUACGCAAUAUGUAUAAUUUUGAAGAAAACUAUGCGUUUUUAAUCCUUUAUAACCUCGAAAUAAUAUAUAAUAUGAUUGACAAAUACAAUAUUACAUGUAAUGAACUGUUUGAUAUUGCCGAAAGGGAAAUAAAAGAUCUUUCAGAUGAUAUAAUAUUUGAUGCUGCAACCGACGCUGGAAAGCUAAAAUACACAAAAGUUAUAGAGAUCCUUAACCGUAUAUUAAAAGAGAAAUUCGGUCCAGACGUUAAAAAUAUUGAUGGCCAGCUACAAUUAAAGAUAAUGAAAAUCUGCCGUUCUAAUGCGCGUAAACUGCAUAUUCGAAACAGGCAAGUUAAGGUUUUCGAUUUACUCUACUCCUUGUAUAUCUUUAUUAUGGUGAUCUCUAAUUUAUUGCUUCUUUUAAAUAGACUUUGUGAAGAUAUUGUUUGUCAUAUUAUGACAAGAUUGCAUGAAAACUUACCAAGGACAGAAAUAAAUAUCAAUGACGCUAGUUUUCUUAAGGCAUUGCUUGCUUCCUCGAAAUUUUGGAUUUUCAUCUUGUCAGCUGUAGGUUCAACUGAACGACUUCAUAAACAACAUGUGUACGUAAAAACAGUUUUUCAGGCUAUAAUAAAUUUAGUUUUUAAUUUGCGAAAUAUGUCCAUAGAAAUUGGGAUGUUAAAAGAAAUCCUUAAUUAUGAUGAUGACCAAUUGUUAACUUUCUUUGCUAUUGUCAGAAAUGAUAAUGUAUUAUCAAUGAUUGAUAUUACAGUUCUUCAAUUGCUUCGAGAAAAUUAUAAAGCAUAUUUUGACAAAUUAAAAAACCUCGAAAUUUUUUACAAUCAAUUCUGUACACAUACCGUAGACGUACAAGACUACAUUAAUGAUAUAAAAUCAAAAUUAAAUAUGCAAGAAAAAGUUAUUCUUCAAGAUGCGUUUGAUGAAGCUUUCUGGACAUUUCAUAAACCAAUAAUUGAUAUAGCACAAAGUGUAUAUAUUUAUAUUAAAUCUCAAACAUUCAAGAAUGUGCUUGAAAGGCAUUCAAAGGCACGUGGCGUUACUUUAACGGUAGAGUUGGUUGCUACGAAAUUUAUGCGUGAAGCACUUACAAAAUACAAUUGGUUAAGAGCAGAAUAUAGAAACUGGAUGACGCUCAAUUAUUCCAUAACCGCUCCUUUUUGGAAGGAUGUUAAAGAUAUUGAUUAUGAGCUUGAAUUAAUGUCAAGAGACAUGAAUUGGUACCCGAGAGAUGACAUGAAAAAAGCGAUCUGUUAUCUUCCUGAUGUUAAGUUAUGGAGGGAAAGAAUAGACGAUUUAGAAAAAACUUUAAGAAUUUUUAGAGUGCAGAAUGUAGUAGAUAGCUGGGUAGCAAAUGUGCAUAACAAGCUUAAAGAUCCCUUGAUACUCAUCUCACUAUUUAAAGCUAUCAAUGAAAUAGACAGAUGUCUUACUAAUUUUGAUGCCAGUUGUUGGAAAAUAAUUAGAGCAUUGUCUUCUGCUGGCGAUUUUCUCACAUGGCUGUAUACAGUAGCUGAAGAUGAUCUAAGAAAUUUAAUGAAUAGUGUGAACGAUGGCUCUGAAGAUCGUGAG